AUGUCAUCACCCGAGCCGCAGGAGACCGAGUCUCAGAAAGACUCUAGUGAGAUUCAGGUAGGAACUCCUGAUGCUUCUGCUGCACCCCCUGGACUAGAAGGUCCAUCAACACCAACUACAUCAACCCAACAAUCUCAGUCUUCCGGUCGUGGACCACCUUCUGAUUCUUCAUCUUCUACCCCAACCGGCCCUGUGAGAAUCAACCCUGUUACUCCUGGCCCUUCCACUUCUGGAACUUCGGCUCCUCUUAGUUUCUCGCGUGCAAGGUUCCCUGCUUGGACGUCUCGCCCUGUGACUUCUAAUAUCUCGGCUGUCCGUCAUCGCGGCCCACCUGUUCGUCAGAGACCUAAUCUGCUCCGACCUGGAAUAGAUUUUCCCGUCUUUGACACGGGUGUCAAUGAGUCUGGACCUCACUCAAGUUCGCAGCCGUCUUCGGCCCCCUCUCGACCGGUGAUACACAUCGACGGGACAGUAGGACCCACAGAAAGACCUGACCACUCUUCUGAGUGUACCUGCGAGCUCUGUUGUAGUUACUUCCACCACAGUAACUACUUCCUCCGCGGGACACAUGACCCGACCGGCCGUCCCCUCCCAUCCUACGCCAGCGACAUAGAAUCCCCGAUCCGAAGCACCGCCGCUCCUGAUCUGGCCGGUAGAGCUGCUCUUCGUGCUUCCAGAAGACAAGCCGAAGGUCAUGCAACGGCUGCGCGUUCGCGUAGGAACGCUGCCCCUUCUCAGGCGACGCAGGUUCAGCAGCCUCCGUUUCAACCCACCGUCGGUUAUAGUCCGAUUCCGGGUCGAAGUUAUUAUUACGGUCCGGAAUGGUACCCCCCCUAUGCGGCUAUAUACCCCGUCUACGCUGCUGGUCAGGGCCCUAAUCCGGGUCUCCCUCGAAGCGCCACCCUAGGCGGUCUUCAAGUCCCCACCCCUCAUGUCGGUCAACAGGCAUUCCAGGCACCCCAACAGCCCCAGGAGACUCAGGAAGGGCGAGAGAGUCGAGAGCGCGAAGAACGUAUUCGACGUUACCGCGAGCAGCAUGAGCGAGCGAUUAGCUUCAGCGAAUUGGAUGAUGAAGAAUUCAUCCCUAACAUAAAGAACCCCUAA